ACCCUCAUGUGCUUAUAGUCUGCGUCUCCCCUUUGUCUUGUGCCAAAGUGUUUCGUCCUUGUCCGUGCACCUAAGCCCUUUUCCACAGUCAUUGUCGUUUUCUGCCUAUGAGGUUUGCUAUGCCACGUAAGUUGUUUUCUGUUUCCUUCUUGAGAGUGAUUAUUCGUUUGUUAAAGUUUUCUAGUUUAGCUUCGUUUUGUGUUGUUUGUAAUCGGGUUUUUCUUCCUCCCUUUUGGAGCUAUUUAUGUUUAGAGAGUUUUAGUUAGUUUGAUGAGCCUCCUGUUUAGGUGAGCCUUUUCUUUUGUACCGUUUCAUAGUAGUUUGGUUUUCCUCCUUCGGGAACGCUUUUGAUUUCUUGCUCUAGCCUUUUGUUUGUCAUCCUUUGGGAGCGAUUUAUGUUUUAUACCUCUUUAUUUUUCUAGUGAGUGUUUUCUAUAUAUUAAGUGACUUUUUUCAUAGCCCGAUUGUUUGUCACUCUUCAUAGAGGAUCAGAAUUCAAUAAAGUGUGCUGGUACGUGUAAUCCUCUGCAUCUGAGUCCUCCUGAGUUUAAUAGGCCAGGCCUGACAGAUGAAACCAGCGUGGACUUCUUCUAUAUACCUCAUGAGGUAGGCUUCUCUAAGCUCGACUUCCGUUUCGCCAACUACUGUUCUGGCGGUGAAUUGUUUUCGGAACAAAAAGGCUCGUAGAACUAUAAAUCAAAAAGUGUCCGUCCGCUCCGUCCGUCCGUCCUUCCGCAACGGACUCGGAGAAGCAUACUGAGGCCUUUACACUUCAGAUGCUCUUUUAUUGUUUUGUGUGCUUCUGUCUCUGCAGCUUGAUUGUUAUCAAUCAGUUGGUUGAAUUCUGUUUUUUCACCUUACUUUCCCAAAAUGUCCCCACUGCGUAACGUCUUUACCUCAAACGGUCCUCACUAAGAUAGAAGUACACACGCACACACACUCACACAACCCCCCUCCGGUGAACCCAAACAUUCUUUGGUGCACACUUCAUUGUAGCAGUGAUUCAGCUCAUGGCCAAAUAAGAUGAAAAGCCCUCAGCCUGCUCUCAGUGCACGUGACUGAUGAAGGAUUCAUAGUGUUCAGAGCUGGACGCUGAUAUUUGACAACAGAGCGUAACAGUGAACUUCUACAACGUCUCCAGUUCAACAAGAACGUUUCUUAUCACUUUCUCCGUUGACAUUUCAGAAAAUCCUCAUAAAGAUUUUUAAUCCCAGAACCAGGUGGACCAGCUACAAGAUGAAUCCUUAACCAUUCAAUUAGAAUUAUCUUUAAGAGUGAAGGAACUACACGUCCCAUAAUCUACUGGGGAUGAUCCAAUGAUUUCCUGCUUCUCCUUGAAAUGAACCUUGUUUCUUAUCCUCAUCCACACGAGCCGACUUGAUGGUAAAGGUUGUGAAAACAUUUCCAUAGUGUCGUUCCUCUUCUAGACAUCGUGAAUAAAUCCUGUUUUUCAUAAAAAACAUAAAUACAGUAGCUGUUGUACAGGCUUGUGGUUUAUACAGGAGAAUAAAACGUUGUUUCACGGUGUUGUAGCUUGUGGUGAUUCUGCCUCGGCUGGUUAAAAUACUACGGUUGUUACUGAAUACCUUGGAAAGUGUGUUUUACCUCCAGAACCACAACGUUGAGAUCUGUUAGGAUUUAACUGAGAUGUGUUGGAACAGGCCUGAGGUCGCAUGUAUGAAGCCUCCAAAGAAAACGACCCUCUGGAAACUGCUUCAGGUUUUUAUGAUAUAUAAACUGGCUGAGACGUUAUGAUUGACAGCUGAGACUAGAAAACAAGGACCGUUUAUUAUACAGAAGCUUCAUAUAAAGAUCAAACUAAAAGAAUGAGAGGACAUAACAAUUAAACUGUUACACAAACACACACGCACGCACAUACACACACCUACACACACGCAGGACGGAAGGAACUUCCCGUGUCAAUAAGAGUCGUCAAGACAAACAUUGAAAGACCAGGAAACACAGGAACAUUACUCUACUUUCACAAUAAAAGCAUGAGAUUUACAAUAUAAUUAUUAAAUGUCAUCUUUAUACACAGUCACCCAUCAUCGUCAUAUACAGUCACUGAUCAUCUUUAUGUACAGUCACUAGUCAUCUUUAUAUACAGUCAUUGAUCAUAUUGAAAUUACGCUUCCGUCAUAGCAGACUUUUAUUCUGAAAGGUAUGAACCGGAUGUGUGUUAGUAUGUCUCUCUCUGUGUCUCGGUGUCUCCUGUGUCCUCGCCUCCUGUCUCCUCCUGUCUCCUCCUCCCCUCAGCUCCGUGUCUCCGGGUCUCAGCGGAUCCUCAAAGUUCAGCAGCCGGACCGAGCUCCGCUCUCUGCGGCCUCAGUGUUCGCGGUGACUCGGGUAUCGAACACUUUACAUGACGACGUGUUGUGUUCGUGACUCUGGAGGAGAGUUUCUAACAGGACGACAUUUUAAACUAGUUCGAAGUGGGGACGCUAGCUAGCUAUCUAAACAGCUAACUAACUAGACAACCAACUAGAUAACUAACUAGACAACUAACCAGCUAACCAGUGACCGGAGCCUGUGGUCAUGGCGGGCGGACUCGCAGCUCUCGCUCUGCUCGUCCUCGUCUGGGUUCGAUUCCCCAGCUCCGCCUCGUUCAACCUGGACGUGGACAGACCCUCCGUGUUCUCCGGCCCAGAGAGAAGCUACUUCGGCUUCUCAGUGGACUUCUUCAAGCCCCACAGCAGCGUGAGGUCGGACGUUCUGAUUGGAGCGCCUCGGGCCAACACGACGGCCUCCGGCAGCGUGGUGGAGCGAGGAGCAGUGUACAGCUGCCCCUGGGGGGGGGGCGCCGCCGCCUGCGAGGAGCUGCUCUUCGACAGCUCAGAUGACAGGACCAACAAAGAUGGGGCUCCGAUGGAGUUUAAGUCCAAGCAGUGGUUCGGUGCCUCGGUCCGAUCCGAUGGAGAGCACAUCCUGGCCUGUGCUCCUCUGUACCAGUGGUCGACCUUCGGAGUCUCUGAGCGGGAGCCGGUGGGAACCUGUUACCUGAAGAAAGGAGUAACAGUGGUGGAGUACUCGCCCUGCAGAUCGGGGGCCAACUCACCAGAGGGGCAGGGCUUCUGCCAGGCCGGCUUCAGCGUGGACUUCCUGAAGAAGAACAAAAGAGUGGUGGUGGGAGGACCUGGCAGCUUCUACUGGCAGGGUCAGCUGAUCUCGGAUGACGUCUCAGAGAUUUUUACCCGGUUUGAUAAACAGUACAUCACCCCGUAUGGAAACACGCUCACCACCAAGUCCGCCGGGGCUCAGUACGACGACAGCUACCUUGGCUACUCUGUGACCGUCGGAGACUUCAAUGACGAUGGACAGGAAGACUAUGUGACCGGAGUACCUCGGGGAGACAAGGCACUGGGUUAUGUGAACAUCUUCAACGCUGUCAACAUGGAGUCCAUGAUCAACUUCACAGGGACGCAGAUGGCUGCUUACUUUGGACAUUCAGUCGCUGCGACUGAUGUUAAUAAUGACGGUCUGGUCGAUCUGUUGGUCGGAGCUCCUCUCUUCAUGGACAGAGGCUCAGAUGGAAAACUCAGGGAGGUGGGACAGGUGUCUGUUUACAUGGGACGAGCUGGAUUUUCCUUCUACCCACCUCAGAUGCUGACGGGGUCACAAACCUACGCCAGAUACGGCUCUGCCAUCGUAGCACUGGGAGACCUGAACAUGGACGGAUACAAAGAUGUGGCCAUCUCUGCUCCGUAUGGAGGCCCCGAUCAAAAUGGCUUGGUCUACAUCCACAAUGGCCGCCUUCGAGGGCCCGACCCGUCACCUUCCCAGGUCCUGCAGGGGAAGUGGGCGUCCAGCUACAUGCCUGCUAGCUUUGGAUACUCCAUGACUGGAAACACUGACAUAGACGGGAAUGGGUAUCCAGAUUUAAUAGUGGGAGUGUUUGGAGCAGACAAAGCUGUUUUAUACAGAGCCCGUCCUGUGAUCAGUGUGAACGCCACGUUGGACAUUACACCUCAGAUCAUCAACCCAGAGGACAAGACCUGCACACUUCCUGGAACCACUACGCUCGUGUCCUGUUUUAAGGUGAAGUACUGUUUGAAGGCCAUUGGCCUUGGAGCUCCAGAUACCCUCAAGUUUCAGGUAGACCUCAUAGUGGAUCGUCUGAAGCAGAAGGAGGCGACGAAGCGCGUGCUCUUUCUGCACAGUCAGACCUUUCAGUACUCCAAGAACAUGACGGUGUCAAACGGGAAAGUUCAAGCCUGCGAGGAGCAGUUCGUCUUCCUCAGGGACGAUCGUGAGUUUCGAGAUAAGAUCACUCCCAUCUCUGUAACGAUGGAGUACAACCUGGACUACCAGCAGGCGGCGGACACCACCGGGCUGCUGCCCAUCCUCGACAUUUCGGCCCCUUCCAACGUCACCAAGCAGGCUCACAUCCUCCUGGACUGUGGAGAGGACAACAUCUGUAAACCAGACCUGAAGUUGACAGUGACGAGCGACCGUGAGCAGAUCUACAUCGGCGAUGACAACGCACUGACCCUAGAGAUCAGUGCUGAGAAUCAGGGAGAGGGCGCCUACGAGGCCGAGCUCCACGUCUACCCCCCGCAGCAGGCCGACUUCACCGGGGUCGUCCGCAGUCAGACUCUCUCCAGGCUGUCCUGUGCUUACAAGAAGGAAAACCAGACCAAGAUGGUGAAGUGUGAGCUGGGCAACCCCAUGAAGGGAGGAACCAAGGUGCUGGCAGAGUUGAGGUUCAGCGUGCACCAGCUGUCGGAGGAGGACACGUCUGUCAAGUUUGACCUGCAGAUAGUCAGCUCGAACCAGUACAACAACACCAGCCCUCGAGUCUCCAGGGCCAUUAAGCUGGCUGUCCUCGCCAAAGUGUCCAUCAGAGGGUCGUCUUCCCCUGUUCAGGUGCUGCUUCCCAUUGCAAACUGGAAACCUAAAGACCCUCCUGUGACUGGAGACGACAUCGGACCACAGAUUUUACACGUCUAUGAGCUCUUGAACAGUGGACCCAGCACCAUCAGUAAAGCGGCUCUGGAGGUCCAGUGGCCGUACCGCUUCAGGAACGGUUCUCUGCUCUACAUCACCGGAUAUGAGACGGACGGACCCAUCAACUGCACCACCGACAUCGAGAUCAACCCGCUCAACGUGUCGAACCCGUUGAGCUCAGAGAAGAACAUCAGUGGAAUCCCGCCCACAGAGCAGGACACGGAGGGAAGAGGCAGAACCCAACGCCGCAAGAGAGACCUGGAGUCCAGGGACUCCCAGACCGACCUGCAGAUACUGGACUGCUCCGCAGCAGCCUGUCUGAGGCUGAAGUGUCAGGUGGGCCGUCUGGAGAGGAAGAAGUACGCCAUCCUCUCCAUCUACUCCCGACUGGCUGUCAACAACUUCCUCAGGACUGAGAAUCAGAAUCGUUCGUACGAGGUUCGAGCUACAGCCUCUUUCAGUGUCAUCGAGAUGCCGUACAAGAACCUGGUGUCAGAGCUACCGUCCAACAGCACCACUGUGACGGUGUCGGUGAUGUGGGUGGCGGAGCCUCUUCAGUCCGUCCCAGGGUGGGUGGUGGCUCUGGCCGUGCUGGCAGGUCUGCUGCUGCUGGCCCUGCUCAUCUUCAUCAUGUACAAGAUGGGCUUCUUUAAGAGAGUCCGCCCCCCCCAGGACGACUGCACUGAGAAGGAGCAGCUGCAGCCAGAGGAGAACGGCAACACUGACGCCUAGUGGUCAAACUCUGUAGAUACUGGACAGAGGUCCAGGAGAGAAUCAGGUUAAAGGCUGUUGAGAGAAUUUCACUGCAUUGGCCGAGUGGCAGAUAAUGGUACUGGGUUAGGUUUCCAUAGGGAUUUAGUUUUGUGUGUUUGUUCCGAAUGUCCUGGUCCCAGAUGAACUCCUCUUAGCUCCAGAAACAUUAUGUAGAUCCUGAAGUCCCCAAGCUACACAUCUGAUAAUCAACAUUCAAGGAUCCUCUGGGAACUGCUGAAGGUCGACAUGUUCCUCUCAGGGGAUCAAACAGAUCCAAACAUCUAGAGCAGGAAACAUUUCUCUGGAGAUCUGAGGUCUUCAUCUGCACCAGAGCUUCUGGCUUGGCCUGAUAUUUAAUUUGCACUUUGUUUCCAAACUCAAGACGAUGAUUAAGCUGCUUGUGUUUGUUGCCCUGAACGUCCAGAGCUGCUGAUUCAGGAGAACAACUCUGAGCUUCUCAGUGUUCAACACCUCAAUCGACUGAGAGAUAAUCCAUCAUCAGAAAAUCUGUUAAACUGUAAUCAUGUUGUGUGUCAAAGUGUCUCAGCAGCAACUUGAUCAAGAUUCUUUAGUUUAAAGUGCGUCAGUAAUACAUGGUCCUGUAGUUUCUCCUGUGUGUGUAACUUCUGUCAGAGCUUCGCUGCUUUCUCGCUUUAUGAGUUUUUAUACAGGACGGUGAUGAUGAGGGAUGAUUGACAGGCGGCGUGUUGAGAGGAGUCAUCAGAAAAGUGACUAUUUGAAUAAACGACCUUCAGCCUCUUAAAUCCGAGGUUUUAAUGAAUUCCUUGAUUCAGAAUCAGUUAAAUUUAAAGUCAUCGUUUAUCACUGCCAAACGUCUGGAAUCGUCAUGACAAGAGGAGGUGAGGUGGGCGGGGUUUAAAUAUAGUUACUCACAGUUUUUAGUUUAGCACUGAUUUUCAAAAAGUAUUUUUCUGCUCAGAACGACAUCGACUGAAAACAGCUGGUUAUUUAACGUGUGUCUGAGUGUGUGUGUGAAAGUAUUAGAAAGAAAACACAAACUUUGCUAUAACUUCACCCAUAUUGGGUUCAAAUAAUGAACUAAUGUUUAAAGUUGUUCAUAAGAAGAAUAGGAAUCAGUCCACAGGAACAUUAGUGUUUUAGUUCAGCAGCAGAAAGAAACGAGGCUUAAAGUGAACUCCCAGAAUCCCUCUGGAGGCUGAACCCUCACGUCAGAGGUUCACUUCCUGGUUUGAACUCUGAGCUGAAUCGUCUCCACUGGAGGAAACGGAUUUUCUGUUUUAGACUAACGAGCUUUGCAGAGAUGAUGUUUUAUUGUGUUAGAUAGAAACAGCUGAUCUUCAUUGCACUGAUCUAACUUUAAACCAGUUCUGAGGAGGUCUGUGUUUAUUCCUUUUCCUUCUGAUGAACUAACGACUUCACUCUCAACAGAUUCUUUUAUAGUAUUUUUCUGCCUUAGUUGAUUGUGGGACUCGCUGCUCUGUGCAUGUGUGUCCAUGUGGUGGCGCUCUACCCAUCCGUCCGCCCCGUGGACCUGUGGUGUGACUGAAUUUACUCACUGUUGAUGACCUGAAGCUUUUUACACGAAGCUGAGUUUCUAGACGUGACUGAACGUGUUGAUGAGUCGGAUCUGCAGCCUCUUUCUACUCUUUUAUAUUUAACACCACUGGUUCUCUUCCUCUGCCGUGACAACAUGUUUAACUUUUGUUUUUUUUAUGUAUCUAUUCUGUCACCUAGAGACUAAAAUAACUUUGACACAGAUGAUUUCACCUUUAGAAAGAAAUAAACUGAUUUGUUCACGUUUG